GACUGAGUCCCAGACCUGAAAUCCAGCUGUCACUCCUCAGCACCUCCCUCACAGCUACAUCCAUCUAUCUCUUCUCCACUCUCUGUCUGCAUCACCUCUUUCUGGUCCCACCAGACCCCAUCUUGCACUCUCUUUCUCUCUCCACCCCCGCCCCCUUCCCGACCCUCAGCCUCCCUGAUGCCUAAGAACAGCAAGGUGACGCAGCGCGAGCAGAGCCAUGAGCACGUCACAGAGUCGGUGGCUGACCUGCUCGCCCACGAGGAGCCAGUCGACUACAAGAGUAGCUCCCUGAAUGUAGGAGGGGCCGCUGGGAAGAAAGUCCCACAGAUAGAGGUGCCUGAAAACGAUGGACGCCCCGCUUGGAACAGCAAGCUGCAGUACAUCCUGGCCCAGGUGGGCUUCUCUGUGGGCCUGGGGAACGUGUGGCGUUUCCCUUACCUGUGUCAGAAGAAUGGAGGAGGUGCCUAUCUGGUUCCCUACUUCAUCCUCCUCCUCAUCAUCGGCAUCCCACUAUUCUUCAUGGAGCUGGCUGUGGGUCAGAAGAUCCGACGUGGGAGCAUCGGGGUCUGGAACUACGUCUGUCCCAGUCUGGGCGGGAUAGGGAUGUCCAGUCUGAUGGUGUGUGGCUUUGUGGGUCUCUACUAUAACGUGAUCAUCGGCUGGAGCAUCUUCUAUUUCUUCCAGUCCUUCCAGUAUCCUCUUCCAUGGAGCGAAUGUCCAAUCAGAAGAAACGGGACACUUGCUAUUGUGGAGCCAGAGUGCGACAAAAGCUCAGCCACGACCUACUUCUGGUACCGUCAGACUCUGAACACCACCAGCACCAUCGCAGAGAGCGGCGGCCUCAACAUCAAAAUGACCCUGUCACUGCUGGUGGCCUGGAUCAUUGUCUGCCUCGCCGUCAUCAAAGGGAUCGCCUCCUCUGGGAAGGUGAUGUACUUCAGCUCUCUUUUCCCCUACGUGGUGCUGUUCUGUUUCCUGGUCAGAGGUUUAAUGUUGAAGGGAUCAGUGGAUGGCAUCGCUCACAUGUUCACUCCCAAGCUGGAGAAGAUGCUGGAGCCCCAGGUGUGGAGGGAGGCAGCCACCCAGGUGUUCUUCGCCCUGGGUCUGGGGUUUGGAGGAGUCAUAGCCUUCUCCAGUUAUAAUAAGAUCGAUAACAACUGUCAUUUUGACGCCGUGCUCGUCUCUAUCAUCAACUUCCUCACCUCCAUUCUGGCUACGCUGGUGGUGUUUGCUGUGCUGGGCUUCAAGGCCAACAUCAUGAAUGAAAAGUGUGUCGUAGAAAACGCUGAGAAGAUCCUGGGAUAUCUCAACUCAAAUGUCCUGAGCCACGAUCUCAUCCCUCCACAUGUGAACUUCUCCCAUCUCACCUCAUCAGACUACGCCGAGAUGUACGGGGUCAUCAAGACAGUGAAGGAGGACAGCUUCACCCAGCUGGGUCUGGAGCCUUGUGUCCUGGAGGACGAGCUCAACAAGUCUGUCCAGGGCACCGGCCUGGCUUUCAUCGCCUUCACAGAGGCCAUGACUCAUUUCCCAGCAUCUCCGUUCUGGUCGGUCAUGUUCUUCUUCAUGCUAAUCAACCUCGGUCUGGGCAGCAUGAUCGGCACCAUGACUGGCAUCACCACACCUGUCCUCGACACUUACAAGGUCCAGAAGGAGCUGUUCACAGUGGGUUGCUGCAUUGUGGCCUUCUUCUGUGGCCUGCUCUUCGUUCAACGCUCAGGAAAUUACUUUGUCACUAUGUUUGAUGAUUACUCUGCCGGACUGCCUCUGACAGUCGUGGUCAUCUUGGAGAAUGUGUCUGUCACGUGGAUUUAUGGCACAAAAAGGUUCAUGCAGGACCUGGAGGACAUGUUGGGUUUCCGACCGUGCAUAAUCUAUUUCUACCUGUGGAAGUACGUCUCCCCUCUGUGUCUGAUUGUGCUCAUCACAGCCACCAUCAUAGAGAUGGCCAUCAGCCCACCAGGAUACAAUGCCUGGGUCCAAGACCUGGCUCAGGAACGCUUCCAGAGCUACCCUCCCUGGGCACUGGCCAUGUGCUUCGCUCUCAUCAUCGUGGCCAUGCUUCCUCUCCCUGUUGUCUACAUCGCCCGUCGCUUCAACCUGAUGUCAGAUGGCUCCAACAAGCUGUCUGUCUCCUACCGCAAAACCAUGAUGAAGGACAUAUCCAACCUGGAGGAGCAGGACGAGUCCAGGUUCAUCCUUGGCGCUAAGCCCGGUGAGGCACCAUCAUCGACGCCAGCACGCAGGCCCUACCUGACUCCAGGAGGAACCAAAACCCUGGACCCCAACUCGCUGUCUCCAAACAUCUGCUACGGCACGAGCUACCAGAACGCUGCCAUCAGCCCCACCACACCGACUACACCGACCAUGCCCACCACUCCAGAUUCUGACUCUUGACUGCUGUCCAAACGCCCCUCAGACACCCAGUCCUGUAGCACAGUUUACCUUCCAGCCAUAGAGUCUCCACUGGGGGUCACUGCAGCACCGAGAAUCACCACCGCUGCCCCACUAACACCACAAAACUGUAUGUAGCUGCCCAGUUUAUCUGAACACACGCUUCCCAAAAUAACACCAAGGAACCACAUGGGGAAAAAAAGACAAAAUUCUUAACAGUAAAUUAAACAAUGAAAUCAGGGUGAGGUUGACAGUGACACACUGUACAUCUGUAUCUAUUCUGUAUAUAACAUCACAGGGUUUAUGUGCUUAAGACAAAGUUCUGUGAUCUGCUUUUCUUUGCCUUAGUAUAAGGAUCCUCGGCAGACACAGCCCCCCCACACAGGUUAUAAUGCACAUCCCUGUCUGCACAGUGCAGGGGAUCUGAAAGAAUGUAGAGUGGAGCCAGUGUGGUCCUGGUGGCUGAACUGGUUUUCACUCAGCACACUGGCACAGAGAGCCGAGAUGAAUGUUAGUUUAAAUAUUUAAAAGGAAUACUUCACCCUCCAAAAGAUUCUCUUUAUAUCAAUUACUCAUCCUGUGUUACAUUGAAUUUUUGAAGAAAACAUUUGUCUUGCAUGCCUCUGGUGAACAAAAGACCCAAAAACAGAGGAAGUUCUUGAUGAAUUAAGGUCACAGGGAUCCAUGUAAACAACAGCAAGACUGUAUCAAAAGAUCUGUUUCCAAACUCUCACGCAACUCAUGCAGUAUAACAUUUAUCCAGUUGUGUAUUCAGCACUUUACAGGCAGCCCUUUUCAGUGGAAACUGAAACAGAACUGAAAGCCAGACUCCAUUGACAAAAACUGUAAUUUUACCUCACUGAAUACAGGAGCUGCUGGUCUACUCCUGCCUCGAUCAGUGAGCUUGUUUGUAUAAUUGUGUGACUUUGGUGAAUCCCAACUGACCAUUUAAAACACCAAAGUCACAUAGUAGCGCUGACACAGUAACUGAUGUAGGCAGCGGUAGACCAGCAGCUCCUGUGUUUAGUGUGGUAAAAUUGCUGCUUUUGUCAAUGGAGUCUGGCUUUGAAGAGAUCAUAAGAAAGUUUCACUUUCAGUUCAGUUUUAAAUUGUAAUAUGUAGCAAAAAUGCUUGUGUUUAGGAAGUACUGAGCAUACGACUGGAUAAAUGAGAUUUGUUGUCGUUGUUUUUGGAUUCUUCAUUCGGCGGGGGCAUGCAAGAAAAACAAAGCUUUCUUUACAAAUUCAACACACACAGAGUGAGUAACUGAUUAUCAAAUGAUCAUUUGAGGGGUGAAGUGUUACUUUAAUGUGUCCUACGUAGUGGUACUGUGUGUCAAAGCCAUAUAGUCUAAGUUAUUUUCUAUGAAACAUAUGCAGUGAUUUCAGUGAGUACAUACAGUAUGUCUACACGAGGACCUUUGUUCAGAUGCUUGAGCUAGAAAACACGUCUCACUGUGCAGAUCUAUUUUCACACAGCUCUGUUUACUUACAGCUGCUCUAAAGACAUCCAUUUAUGUUCUGUUCCCAUUCCCUGCUGUGCUCUGUGUGUAGCCGUGUCGUUCAUUCUGUGUAAACAGUGGUAUGCAGUAUAUUCAUAUGAUAUAGGAUAAUGUUUUAAGCCACAGUCUCGUCAUCUGUGACACACACGCGUUAUGACAUAUUUAAUUUCUCCACCAAAGAGUAAACAGGAGGCAACACUUGAAAUCUACAUGUUUAGCUUACAGUGUCAUAGAGAGGAUAUGUGUUGAAAGGGAACUACAAAGAGCGAAGCCUGAAACACAAGGCACGUAAAUUCCUCAGUGACAGAAAGCACAGCUUGUUCGUGUGAAUUUGAAACACUUAAUUUUGGCUUUGUUGCUACAACGCUACAAAAGCACAAAGAUAUUACGCACUUAUUGUGCACACAUGAAACACUAACCUUAAUUGUUGACGUAUUGUUUUGAAGAUUUCUGCACAUGUGGCAUUAAAAAGCUGCAGUUGAAUAUGUACCACAUAAUGAGUAAGCAAUAUUUAGAUUGGAGCACAAACUAUGUUCACUAUGGACCAAAAGUAAUAGCAAUGAAAAUGGAAUAACAAAAAUGAGCAAUGGACCAAAAGAUUGAGGAAGUUAAGGCACAAGAAUCCAAACAAUGGAAUAUUAUGAGCUUCUGUACGCCUUGUAUACCGUACAUACAUGCACAAACAAACAUACAAAUAUGCUCAGUGCACACUGUCUCCGUAUAUUUGUGGGAAAAUAAACCUCAUGAAGUGUUACUGAAAUAGACACCACAGUUCCUUUGCGAUGAAGAUCUUUGACCCCUGGUUGAACCAACGUUAAACCAGAGGAAGAGGAUACUAUUAUUUAUUUUUUUAUCACAGUAUUCAAAGCCAUGGUGUUAAGGAUUAAAUGGACUAUAUUUAUAUUUCUGUAUAUUUGCAGUGUACGUAGGUGUGACAAACAACAAAGAUUUAUCUUUUAAAAGUGACCAGUAUAUAUACGUAUAUAUAUAUAUAUAUACUGUAUAUUUUCAUCUUGUGUGAUGCUUAUUUAAAAUGUAUAUUUUAAGACUUAUCUAUUUUGUAGUUUGUGUAGCUGAUUCUUGUUGUGGGGUGUGAAAAUGCUGCUGGGAGGUGAAGUGUAGUCCUGUUUAGGCAGCAGCUGGUUCUCUGUUGUGUUCAUGAGAGCUGUGUGUUCUUCUGGCUGCACCUGGUGUUAGAUGACGUUCACUUACCUGUCCCCACUUUAGCUUUACUGGUCUGCUUGUUUUUA